AUGGUUAGCCUACAAGGUGCCCAGAAUUUUUUGAGUAGUGUAGGAAUUACUUUGAAGCCCUCAAUUAUGACAACAACUGAUGAAUAUGGAAAUCGUUCAACUUUUGCCGGUGUUGACACGCCACUCCUCGGCAAAAUUGGUUUCAAUGUUGCUCCCGGAAGCGUAAAGUUUGGACGUUAUCAAGACCCCCGGACGGCCGUUCGUAACAGGCAAAAUAAUCGUGUUGCUCUCGAUUCCGAUUCCGGAGCUUCUCGUCGUCAUCCUGUGCCUUCUUCCACCGGUGGUCAGAUCUCCACAAAGGGAAUGACAUACGACGAAAUAAGAGAUCGUCUUAGAGGCACUGGGAGACUUUUUGAAGAUCCAGAUUUUCCUGCUGAUGGUUCCUCACUCUUUUAUUCAAUGAAUGCUCCUCGUGGAAUUGAAUGGAAGCGUCCGACUGAAAUAUGCCGUGACCCGAAAUUCAUUUCCGGUGGCAGAAGCCGUUUCGAUGUUCGACAGGGUGAACUUGGUGAUUGCUGGUUGUUGGCUGCCGUUGCCAACUUGGCUAUGUACGAAGAUCUGCUGAACCAAGUCAUCCCUCCAAAUCAGGAGUUUAACUGCUCCAGCUACUGUGGAGCUUUCCGUUUCGUCUUCUGGCGUUUCGGUGAAUGGGUUGAAGUUGUCAUUGACGAUCGUCUGCCCACCCGCAAUGGAAGUCUCAUCUUCAUGCACUCUGUUGACCAGGAUGAAUUCUGGUCUGCGUUGCUUGAGAAGGCCUAUGCCAAGCUCUUUGGAUCUUACGAGACCCUUCGUGGAGGUAGCACAAUUGAAGCUCUAGAAGAUUUCACUGGUGGUCUGGCCGAAUUUUACGAUCUUCGUGGCAAAGAGCCCAAGGAUUUCUCCAAGAUCCUUGCCAAAUCCUUCGCUCGCCAAACUCUCAUGUCAUGUUCUAUUAGUGCCGACCCGCAAGUUGUUGAAGCCAGACAACCAAAUGGCUUGAUCAAGGGUCAUGCCUAUUCGAUUACCAGUGUUGCUGAGGUUAAUACAAGAAAUGGGAAAGUUCAACUGAUUCGAAUUCGUAAUCCAUGGGGAAAUGAAGCCGAGUGGAACGGCCCAUGGAGUGAUCGUUCAUCAGAGUGGAAUUCAAUUUCAUCAUCUGAACGCCGAGGACUUGGUCUCACUGUUGAAGCUGAUGGUGAAUUCUGGAUGUGCUACGACGACUUUGUGCGAGAAUUCGAGAAGGUUGAAAUGUGCGCCUUGGGCCCACAAUCUCUCACCAUGGACGAAAGCCGCAAAAAGGUGGCCUUCGAAAUGACUGUUGAUCAUGGUGGUUGGACGCCUGGUGUCAAUGCCGGUGGCUGCCGUAACUUCCUCGACACUUUCUGGACGAAUCCUCAGUACAAAGUUUCAGUGGAAGACGCCGAUGAUGACGAUGAUGAAAACCUUGGAACUCUCAUUGUCGGUCUGAUGCAGAAGGAUCGUAGGAAGAUGCGUAAGGAGGGCGCCGAACUACUCACAAUUGGUUUCAUGAUCUAUGUCGUAAGUGUUUCUCAUAGUAUGUUGAAAGAUAAUCAUGAAGGUCCGCUAGAUAUGGACUUCUUCAAGUAUAACGCCGCAGUGGCUCGCUCACCCGCCUUUAUCAAUACUCGUGAGGUCACAGGUCGUUUCCGCUUGCCACCUGGUAAAUACGUCGUUGUUCCGUCAACUUUCAACAGAAACGAGCGUGCCGAUUUCGUUCUGCGUAUCUUCUCUGAGAAAGCUAGCACGGCUGAAGAAAUGGAUGAUACUGUUGGCGUAGAUACUCCGGAGAGUGAACUGUUGCCUGAACCCCUUACUGACUCUCAAGUGAGGGCCCUUAGGAAUGCAUUUGACAAGGUUAAAGGACCUGAUGGAGAGGUCACUGCUGAUGAAAUGGUCGAUAUUCUCAAUGUGGCCUUUGCUAAAGAACUCAACGAUGGUCGUGAUGUCCAAGGGGCGGCCGAUAAUAAGCCAGCGCCGGCACAACCUCAGAAAUCUUCUAAAUGGUGCAGUUGCUGCCUGUGCUGUGGCCUUGGCAAAAAAGGAGAGGUUGAAGAGAAUGGGCCUGCAACUGCUAAGAGUAAUGGCCACGCUGCUGGAAAUAAUAAGGACUUUGAAUUUGAGGGCUUCAGUGCGGAGGCUUCCCGUUCGCUCAUUUCUAUGAUGGAUGUCGAUCGAUCCGGUAGCCUGGAAUUCGAGGAAUUCAGAUCUCUUUGGGAGAUCUUGCGUCAUUGGAAGAGAGUUUUCCAGAAGUUCGAUGUCGAUAAGAGUGGUACUAUGAGCACAUUUGAGCUUCGAAAUGCUCUCAACUGUAUUGGUUACCAUAUUGAUAACGCUACUCUCACAAGUGCGGUCCUGAGAUUCACGAACAGAGAUAGAAUUCUUCGAUUUGACGACUAUGUCAUCCUUUGUGCUCGUCUGAGAAAUGCCUUCGAGGUUAUGAGUACUAACAAGUCCUAUGGAGGUCCAGAGUUACUUAACAUUCUCCUGUACUUGUAA